CUUGGGAACACGCCCUAGUACGGUAGAAGACAACAAGUUGAUCGACAGACGAAACAACCAAUCGCCCGCCGCGCAACGUAUAGCAUAUUGGCCAAUGGUAUUAAGAGGCGGGCCCUCACGUACACCGGCAGAUGCUCAGUGCGCCCGUUUACGACCGUCAUACAUGGACCUGAUUGAGGGAUGCUUCACAGUUUUCUCUGUAUUAAGGUCAACACAUGUAGAAAAUGUGUUGCCAUCGUAACUUCAUUAAUAACGAGAGAUAAGCUCCAUCCAAGUGCAGUCCAAGGAAACAAAGACGCCUUUGCUUCUCCAUCACUGAACAGAGGGAAAUGUAAAGGAACUACGUUAUAUAAUCUUUAUCGUUUUGCUUUUUCGCUGUUUACUAACGGCUUGCUGGUUCCUGUUUCAUCCUCGGUUGUCAGCAUCAGUCCAGCUAUCCUGCAUUGAGGCGACACUGAAGUGUUUGUGGUCAAUUUGUACUCAGCUCAGGAAUGGCAGGAAGCCUUAAACCUAAACAAGAUGAAGAGGGCUGCCGGGAUCAGAUGGUGCGUUCCAACACCUUCUUUCACGGGGGGACCUCAAGUUUACUCUCCACCCUCAUCACUUUUCCUGUCUACAAAACGGUUUUCCGUCAACAAAUCCACAACGCUGGUGUUUCUGAGGUAGUGAGGCAGCUUUACAGUGAGGGACAUGUAAAGCUCUACAGGGGCGUGGUCUCACCACUUCUGAUGAAGACCCUGGGUAAUACUCUGCUCUUUGGCCUCCAGGACACCAUCCUCCAUCAGUUCACCCCAUCAUCCCAGAAUCUCAUCUCCCACUCAGCCUUGCCUGCUCUGGCUGGGUUUGGUGCAGGCAUGGUAGAAGCUGUUGUUUGUACCCCCCUUGAGCGUGUCCAGAGUGUGUUGCAAAAUGGCAAAAACUACCGCAAUUUACCCACCCACAAAAGUAUCCUUGUCAGGCUGAAUGCACAGAAGUGGUCCUCAGGGUACUACAGAGGCCUUCUGCCCAUCACAGCCCGCAAUGCUCUUGGCAGCUUUAUCUACUUUGGCCUGAAGGAACCGUUAAAUGCUGCUGUGGAGGGACAGGGGCUGUCUCCAGUGGUUUCCUCCUUCGUCUCAGGGGUGCUGAGCUCCAUGGUUAUCAGCUUGCCUCUCUAUCCACUGACUGUGCUGGCUGCAAACAUGCAGAAACAGGUGGGAGGGGAGAAUAAAGGGGUCAUGGCUUCGUGGAAGACGCUGUGGGAAUCUCGGCAGCGGAGUGUGGCUCUGCUGUACAGAGGAGGUUCUCUGGUUGUUUUGAGAUCAGGCAUUUCAUGGGGAAUCACCACUGCUAUCUAUGACAUGCAGCAGAAAUAUUCAGGCUGAAGGGCAGUUCAAACCCUACUUUCAUGAGGUGCUGUAAUCAUUGUCUUUUCACUGUAGACAUUUUGGCCUGUCAUAGUAGAAAAAGCAUAUUGAUUUUAACAUGAUUGGUUGUGAUCAAUUCAUGUGUCACCCUAAACUGUGCCAUGUAUCUCACAUGAAAAGAUCCUGAAGCUGAACCAUCUAAAAGGAAUUCAUUUUUAUUAUUUACACCUCUGCUUUUCCUUCUGCGACAUGUCAACAAGGUUUUGGUGGAAAAGUUCAAUGGAAAUUGCAAGUUUAGCCAUGAUGCAUUAACUAGUUCAAAUCAACACAGCAUACUGCCAAUCUUUGUCAGAAUGCCAAAGCCAGGGGAAAUCACCACUGCCAGGACUUGAACCAAGGUCUCUAUAGUGGUUGCUGAAUAUUAAUCAUCAACCAAUUUGAAUACAGUAAUAAUAGACUUCUAUAUUGUGGGCAUGGAGAGGGUUGCAACAGUUUGAAAGAUUUUCACAUUUUGAUAACCAUCUCAGAAAAUAUCCCAAUUUUACAGUAUAGAAUUAUAAUAAUAAACUUGAAAACAAAAUAAAAAGAAUAAUAAAUUGCAUUUAACUUUAACAUGUCAUGUAACUAAAGUGUGUUAAAUGACAAUGUAGCAACAUUAUAUUAUCUCCGUCUUUUUUCAUCAAUACUGUAGAACAGCAAAUGAUAUGUCAACCGUCAUUCAGGUAAACCUUGAACAGGUACGCUCCAAUCUUACUCGUGAAUCCCAGGUGCCUUGUAUUUUUUAUGUCUUGUAGAGACAUUUCAUCAACUAACCUCCUCAAAGUUAGUUUACUCAUCAGGGGGAGUACAGCUCAGGCGAAAAAGUGUUUUUAUUUUCCUCUAGGCCUCUUGAGGAACUAUUAUUUUUACCUAAUGGUAGCUUGUAGAUACAGUAGCAGUAACCCACAUUAUGAAUUUGGGUGUGGAUUUUGUAAAAUAUGGAUUCCAGCAAGGCAGGAUCUAAAGAAAAUUGGCUUCAGUAUGAAAAAGUAGCAUUCCUAACUUUAGGGCUGGACCCAAAAGGAAGUGAAGGUCAGAAUAUUGACCCCUGUUGCCUUGAACUCGUCUUUUAAAGUGCUUAAUCAUUUGACCAUUAACUGCAUAAAGGGAGAUCAAAACAUUUGUAUUGUGUAAUGUCAAAAGAUUUGUGAAUGUUAUGUAUGAUAAAGAUGAUACAUGUGAGUUGAAGCACAGGAACAAAUAAGACAAAGUUGUACAACCCUGUUGCCUCUCAGCAAGAAGAUACUGAGCUAUAAUGCCGUUGGUGCUGUCCUGUGUGAGUAUGCAUGUUCUCCCCUUGUCUGCAUAAAGGAUACAUAGACAUGCAGGUUACAUUAGUCAGAAACUAAAUGUAAAUAUGUUAUCAUGUGUUGUCUUUGCUUAAAAUAAUCUUUGAUUUAUCAAAUCUAGCAGAUUAAAUAGCAGCAACAUUAAAGUGAAGAACUCUCAGAAUUAUAAUCCAUUAUACAAUAUACAUUAAGAAAUGGGUCAUACUGCUCAUACUUUUAACGGAGUACAUUUUGAAUGCAGGACUUUUGCUUGUAAAACGUUUAUACUUUGUGGUAUUACUAUUCUUUGAGUAUACCUGAGUACCGUGUGUACCCCUCUGAACCUUUACUUUCUUCUAAUUUACCAGAACAACCUCAUAUUAUAUUUUUUCAGAAUACAAACUGUUUCAUCAAAGUGCAUUAAAAAAAUCAAUCUUAUUGGCCAAAUAGUUUUGUGUUUUUGUGAUGUAGCCUACAUCUUACUAUUGUCCUAUUGAAAAUUACUUUUGUCAAACCAUGUUAUGCCUCAACCAGUCCAGUAGAUGGUAUGUGUGUGUUAAAAAUGAAAAAGCAUCCAGAUCCAUGACAAUGGGAGCCCAGUGUUCGUGCAUUUUUCCACCCAGGUACGGGGCGGAGGAACAAAUGAUUGAACAGAUAACAGCAUUCCUCGGCAAGAACAGGCAGCUGUGCCCAGGCAGCAGCCUGUCAUAUUUCAGGGAAGUCAAGUAGCAAGCGUGUCCAAUCAAAUGUAUUCCUGGUUUGGGAGCCAAUCAGAGCCAGCAUAUCGGUGUCCAUGUUGGCGUACAGAAGGGUGUGUUGACUCUACUUAAACCGUUGUCUUUUCCCAAAUUACGCAGAAGCAUUUUACCCGUAAAGAAUCUACGCACAUCUGCACCAGACAUCUUCCAAAAUGAGCGCCAAAUGUCCAAUCAAGCAGGAAGUGGUGGAUUUUAAUAAGGGAAAACUGAAGAGGACUGAAACUGCCGAAAAAUGCUGUCUUCCAACGUUGGAGGCAAUUCGUGAUGAGAAGUUAGCCAUUGAAGAGAAAUGUGCCAAAGAGCCACUCAAUAAAGAGUUGGAAGGGUUUCAAAAAGACAUCCUCAAGAAGGCGGAAACGAAAGAAAAAAACCCUCUUCCAACAACUGAGGUAAUUGAUGCAGAGAAGGUAGCCAUCGAAGAGCAAUUGGUCAAAGAGCCACUCAAUGAGGAGGUUGGGUCAUUUAACAAGCAACAGCUCAAGAAGACAACCACAAAAGAAAAAAACAGACGUCCAACUGCCGCGGAAGUUGAAGCGGAGAAGAAAGCCCUGAAAGAGGGGAAGUAACUGAACCGUGCCUGUCAUGAUUCCUCUUUCAGUCCUGCUCUGUUACCGACUCUUCUUCUGAUAAAGAAUACUGUCCAGUAUCACGCCGCCUGCCUGUUUGAAGAAGUGUUUGGGCUGAUGCAUUGGAAAGGAUGUUCUGUACUCCUUGUAAAUGAAUGCAAGAGAUGUAUUUUUUUGUUUUUUGUCUGUGCUGAUUAUAUGGGGCAUGGAAAAAGAUAACAAUUAAAAGGAUUUUUUUUUUUUCAAAAACAUGAAUUGCUGUAUUAAUGGAAAUCCACCAAAAAUAUAUUGCACCAUAAGUAUGACUGUAAAUGUUGUCCUUCAGAAAUAUUCUAAGAAAUGACACUCAAACAUAACACUUUUUUUUUUUUUUAUUAAAUAAAAAUGGAUAUGUUAAACA